CCACAGCAGUGACAAUGCUGGAUCCUUAACCUGCUGAGCUGCCAGGGAACUCCUAUAAUUAAUUUUUCAAUAAUAGCUGUGUUUAACAACUGGCUCAUACAAUUCCUGAAAAUUUAACAGUUGGCUCUCUUGAUCUUUCCUGCAAUGCUCUAGCAUACCACUAUAUCACACUUCCUCAUUUGCUCACAGUUUCCAAAUAAAUAAGCCUCUUUGCUUAAUAGCCUAUUUUUAAUUCUUAUUUUAUCCCAUGAGAGGGGAGAGGGAAGACUGGGCUGAACUGCUGUCCCCCAUCCUGAGCUCCCCUGACCCAGCGAGGGCCUGACAUUAUGCCAAGGUCACACAGAGAAAGUUUUUGUGAGAGGCUUUGCCAUGAGUGAGGAGGAUUGAAGGCUCCCUUGCUGCUCUGGCCCCCUUUCGGACUUGCUGUAACCUUGGGAGAGUCCUUUUCCUUAUAUGUGAGGGGAGCCUGAGGGAAAAAUGGAGCAGGCUGUUACUGCUGGUUUGCAGGGAGUAGGAAAGGGGAGAAAAAUGCCCUGCUCAUCCCCAACUUUCCUUGCCUCUUUUUUUUUUUUUUUCCUUUCCUGUUGUUACUCAUCACAUUCCUUGAUGUCAUUCCUGCCAUUAUGAGCCGACAGGUGCUCCCUGGCCUUGGGGGACAGCCUGCAAGUCGGGAGGGGAGGUGGAGCUGUGGAGGUAGGGGGAGUGUGGUCACACCAACACCUUGGAGUUGGGCUGGGUCUGCGUGGAGCCCCAGAGAUGUUCCCCAGCCCUUUCCUCCCAAGAACCAAUGAGUAAAAUCAGGGGCCUCCCACCUGAGGUCAGGGAACCAGGCCCUGGAGUGGAACUUGGGGUAGAAGAUGGCCUUCUUUGUCAACUCAUCCAUUCUCCAGAAUUCAACUUGUUCUCCAACUCAGCGGUGUUUGAAAGCAACUUUAUCCAGGUCACUAAGCCAGGGAACUGGAUGGAUGUCUGUGAAAGGUCUACCACUGUGAUCCUUGGGGUGACUUCCUCAGUGCCCUCCUUGCCACUCCCCAACAUCCUCCUGAUGGCCAACGUCACCUGGCCCCAGGGUCAGUUUUCCACCUGGAGCGUACCUGGCUGUGCCCCAGUCGUCACCCUCAGCAGAAUUCUCCCCCUGAAGUACGUAGAGCUACGCAUCUGUGACCGGCUCCAGCGCAUCCUGAGGGUUAGGACAGUAACUGAAAAGAUCUACUACCUGAGGCUCCACGAAAAACACCCAGAGGCCGUGUUCCAGUUCUGGAUCCGCUUGGUGAAAAUUCUGCAGAGAGGUCUGUCCAUCACCACCAAAGACCGGAGAAUCCAAUUCUCUCACUGCUUGGUGCCCAAGUUGCCAAGCUCCACCGAAACAUCUGCAGGCAGCCUCCCGUCAUCCCGCCAGCCCAGCGAAAGCACCAUGCUCUUGGCGGCCGAGCAAACCAGUGACCCUUUCUCAAAUCUCUCAGGAAAGUCCCAGCUCACAGCAGACAGAAACACCAACACUGCCAUUGAAAUAGACAAUUCCAACAGCUUCGACAAGACGCCCUCGCCAGUGGCAUCGCCAGUUAUUUCGAAUAUACCCAUGAGAGCCACCUUGAGCCACAGCCUCUGGGAACAAGAGAAUCCAGAUGAGCACUUCCUGCAGGCUCCUGUAGCCAGCUCCCUAGGAGAGAACUUUCUGGGACCCUGACACCUGGCCAAAACAGGGCGACUUUCCCUGACCUUGCUCGGUGCACUUGCUCCGGCUUUUUGUAAUGCUCUUUUCCUAUUGUGGCCCAAAUAACCAUGGGAGAGGUAAGAUGGUGUUUAUAACAAGGCGCUUCUGUAUUUCCACCAAUAAACCUCCAAGUGAGUCCCUAA